UGGUUAUCGGUGCAAUAUACGCGAGAACGGUGGUAUUGUUGCCCACGCAGACGCUGUGUGAUUCUCAUCGCAGACGUGAUCAAUUGAAUUCGCGUUCAGUGUGUGAUUCACGGGCGAUCGUGUAUUUCGUGCGUACUGUGUGAUGCGAAUUCUCACGUGUAUCGUGUGCGUGUACGAGUAUUAAUACGAAACAUUGGAGAGAAAAGUCAGUUCGCGUCUCUCUAGUUACGUUUUCGCCAAUGAAAAAAUUUUCCUCCUUUUGUCAAUCACGAUCGUUGGUGUUUUAAGUGAAUUCGCGUAAAAUAGUUCGCGAAAUGUUGCGAAGUGCUUUAGUGAUGUGGUGACUGCGAAUAAAGUGCAAUUUUUAAAAAAGAGUAACGAGAAAGAGUUUGUGGUAUUGCGAAUGAUCGUGACUUAUUGCGGUGCAUGAAUAUACUUCUAUACCUUUCACGCUGGUACCUAUGUAUACGUUCGUUGAUAUACAUAUUUACAUCGAUAAUAUUCGACAUAGUACGAGUAUUGUGUAAACUUUCAUAGUCGUUUAUAUGUACACAACGCAAACGGUCGACGAUCCGAAAAGCCGAUGAAUUAUGACAAAUGAUGAAGAUCAGGCCAUACCCUGGUAAAAUAGCCCUGGUACAAAAUCAAGACGGUGUCGAAAAAGAAGUCUCCACGAUGAAUUACGAAUCGAGCUGGCAAGAAUGUCUGCAGCUUUGGGGACCUCAAAAUGGCGGCACUUACGCUUACGGCGGCGUUCCGACGGUCAAAAGCGCGCAUUACGCGAUGAACGGUGGCUCAGGUGCUUACAUUAUCGCCGAGGAUUACGAAUGCGCGACGAUUCCGGUGCAGAAUCAUCAUCAGCUGAUUAAUAAUAAUAAUAGUAAUAUCGUUAAUAAUAAAAUCCGAUCGAACGGAUACGUUGCCACGGGUCAAGACGUUACCGGUGUGUAUUCGGAUUGUACCUCAGUUAGUAGCAAUGACCAUCGCCAGUACAAUGGCAAUAACGAACCAGUAUCUAGUCAUUCGUUUAAUUAUUACAAUAAUUACCCGAACGGAGAUGCGACGACGAUUGGAAAUUUAGCUCUGAACUACGCUCCUCCGCCUCCGGUUACCAUCAAUGGUGGCGGUAGUCCUUCACCAACAAUAGUACCUUCUGCGGAGGAAAAACCUAACGGCGUUGUUAGAUAUGCUUGUAGACAACAACAACCACAACAACCGCUGCAGCAACAGCAACAACAACAACUACCUCAACCUCCGCAACAUCAACAGCAACAAAGAUACCAGUACCAGCAACAAACGACGACCCCGGAUUUCCAAGAUAGUCAUCAACAAUUGCAACAUAGUCAGCUCCAGCAACAACAAAACUCCAUUCCUUAUCAAUCGGCCGGCGAGAAUGUGGCCGGAUGUUCGAUCGAGUACGUUAAUCCGUCGGCACCGAUGCAGAGUUUUCCAGCUACCGAAACCACAUCUUGGAUUAUACCGGAAACGGUGCCAGCAACGGCGACAUUAGUCAACGGUUCUGCUGCUUUGCCAACAAUACAAAACGGAUAUCUAACUACGAAUCAUUAUCCGUAUAAGAAUCAUCGCAAGUUAUACCGUACUCCGACUAUGAUCGAUAAAAGUAUGACAUCGGCGGCGGCGACAGCAGCUUUACCCUAUGUUAGAUCUGCCUCGGAUUAUGGUACAACUAUAGCGGACGUGGCUGUGACCGCGGCUAAUGCCGGAGCUGCCGCUGUUGAGAUCAACUCGAGCAGAGUUCCAUUGACGGAUAAUGGUUUCUUGAUUCCUAGACCAAAAUUAAUAGUUCCUGUGCAUACGUACGGAUCUCGUAAACGACGUACCGGCAAUAUAUUACAUUCGAAGAGACGAGGCAGCGAUACGGAACCGAGUGGCGGAGGCAGCAGUACCGAUGGAGGCGGCGCAGGCGGUGGUAAUUCGUCGAUGAGCGUCGAAAGUAAAAAACAUCAUACCUCGUGUCCAGAGGGCAGAGUAGAAGUAUCGAGAGAAAAUAAGUAUUUGAGUACCAUCGCCGGAGGUAAAGUUUUCGGUGAAUUGGCCAUUCUUUAUAAUUGUAAAAGAACUGCUACCAUUAAAGCCGCUACUGAUUGUAAAUUAUGGGCUAUCGAAAGACAAUGCUUCCAAACUAUUAUGAUGCGUACCGGUCUGAUAAGACAAACGGAAUAUACAGAUUUUUUGAAAAGCGUACCUAUUUUCAAAAAUCUAUCAGAUGACACGUUAAUUAAAAUAUCAGAUGUAUUGGAAGAAAUGUACUAUAAAACCGGAGAUUAUAUCAUCAGACAAGGCGCUCGAGGAGAUACGUUUUUCAUAAUCAGUAAAGGAAAGGUUAAAGUGACCAAAAAAGAUCCGAAUACUAAUGAAGAAAAAUUCAUACGAAAUUUGACUAAAGGCGAUUUCUUCGGAGAAAAAGCAUUACAGGGAGACGACUUGAGAACCGCUAAUAUUAUCGCUGACGACGAAAAUGGAGUGAGUUGUUUGGUAAUCGAUCGCGAAACAUUUAAUCAGCUUAUUUCAAAUCUGGACGAAAUCAGGACCAGAUACGACGACGAAGGAGUCGAAAGAAAGAAGCUAAACGAAGAAUUCCGCGCUGUUCGAUUACAAGAUUUAAGAGUUAUUGCCACACUCGGUGUUGGAGGUUUUGGACGCGUGGAACUUGUACAAAUUGCCAGCGACUCGAACCGUUCAUUCGCUUUGAAACAGAUGAAAAAGAGCCAAAUUGUAGAAACCCGCCAACAACAACAUAUCAUGUCUGAAAAGGAAAUCAUGAGCGAAGCGAAUUGCGAAUUUAUCGUUAAAUUAUAUAAAACUUUCAAAGAUCGAAAAUAUUUGUAUAUGUUGAUGGAAGCCUGCCUAGGAGGAGAAUUAUGGACGAUAUUAAGAGAUAAAAGUUUCUUCGACGAUAGCACGACGAGAUUCUACACUGCAUGCGUAGUUGAAGCAUUUGCCUAUUUACAUUCUCGUAACAUUAUAUACAGGGAUUUGAAACCAGAGAAUUUAUUAUUAGAUGUAACCGGCUACGUGAAAUUGGUGGAUUUCGGUUUCGCUAAAAAAUUACAGCACGGACGUAAAACUUGGACGUUCUGCGGUACGCCGGAAUACGUUGCUCCAGAAGUAAUCUUAAAUAGAGGUCAUGACAUUAGCGCAGAUUAUUGGUCGUUGGGUGUGCUGAUGUUUGAAUUGUUAACCGGUACACCACCGUUCACCGGAUCAGACCCGAUGAAAACCUACAACAUUAUACUUAAAGGAAUAGACGCCAUUGAAUUUCCUCGAAAUAUUACCCGUAAUGCUCGGGUGCUUAUUAAAAAAUUAUGCAGGGAUAACCCCGCUGAAAGAUUAGGUUACCAGAAAGGUGGAAUUAGUGAAGUUCAGAAGCACAAAUGGUUCGAUGGCUUCAACUGGGAAGGUCUACGAAAUCGAACCUUGAUACCACCGAUUCAGCCGAAAGUUCGAAGUGUUACGGAUACGAGAAACUUUGACGAGUACCCUCCUGAUGCGGAUGGACCACCACCGGACGAUUUAACCGGAUGGGACGCAGAAUUCUAAUCCUCACUGCCAUACGAAUACUACUGUGUAGUGAUAUCGGUGUCUUCCUUGUGUUUUUUUUCUUUUUUUUUUUCGUAAACGUGACCGUUUCCGUUUUCCCAUUUUUUAAAUUAUUAUUAUUUAUGUAAUAUUGCGAGAACAGUGUAAUAUGCAUAUCGUAUUACGGAAAGAAUGCUCUCAAAAGAUGAUUAUAUUGUUAUCGGAGAAAUAAUGGCUAAAUAUUUCCAAUUUUUACUUUUGUUUUGUAAACGAAAAUUAUAUCACUGGUAUUAAGUACAUGUUUUAUUUUAAGGGCUUGACCUAGUCUUAACAGUGAUGUUGUGUAUACCAUUAGACAGUUUUUAUGUUGUUUUUAUGUUUUUAUUAAUAUACUUUUUUUUUUCGCGCGCGUAAAUAUUAAGACUAAUAUUGUUGAGAAAAAUGAAAGUGUAUUUUGUGAAUUUAUACUGCAAGGUACAUUUGCCAGUAAAUUAUUUAUUAAUACGGA